AUGACAAGUAGAGGUAACUAUAAAAAUACUCGAAUGAACUAUAAAUUUCAAAAUGACUCGCCAGAUGCAAAAGGUACCAAACCCAUCAGAGAAGCAUCCUCAAUAUUAGAAGUUCUUAUACUUAUGAUAGUGCACAUUUGUAAGAAAGUGUUGUUCUUUGACACCGGUUUAAAAAUAGCUGUUUAUUUAGGAGCUCUCUUUUUACUUUCUCUAAUCGCGGACGUUCUAACGUUUCCUAAAACUUAUUUUUCUAGAAGUGACAAUAUAUUUAACCAAUAUUUUGUUAAAAUUGGAUGGUUUUGGACAUUGUUUUUAACAGUGCCUUAUGUUUUUUUGACAUCAUAUACAACAUGUUGCGGGAAAAGGAAACUCAUCUUAACUGCCCAUUUAUUGAGGCUUUUAAUUGCUACUAUAUUUUGGUACACAUGGACAACAGUAUUUAAUAUGAUAGAAAUGAAAUAUGGCCGUUGUAAUUCAAGGACUUAUAGUGACAAGGUUGAAUGCCUCAAAAAUGGUCAUUUUUGGAAUGGAUUUGACAUAUCUGGGCAUUGUUUCAUUUUGAUUUAUUCAAGUUUAGUUUUGAUAGAAGAAGCUAGAGCUAUAAAUGGGUGGGAAAGAAUCAGAGAUUACAUACGAGAUGAGAAAUAUUCUAGAAGUUUAAAUGACAAGUCACCUAGUGUAAAUCCACUAAGAAAAAUCAACACUGAUGAAUUGAAUAUACUUAAAACAUCAUAUGAGAAAUUUACACCAUAUGUAAGAGCGUUUCUAAUAGCUAUAACUUUUCUUCAACUGUUGUGGGAUGUAAUGCUAGUUUCUACAAUAUUAUAUUACCACAUUAUGGUUGAGAAAUUUAUCAGUGGGAUUGUAGCUAUACUCACUUGGUAUGUUACUUAUAGAGUAUGGUAUACAAUACCAAGUUUAUUGCCUAAUUUACCAGGGCAAGGAAUUUUUAAAUAUAAUAUUGAAAAACCCAACACUGCAGCAGUUCCCCAAAGAAAAAGAUCAAUUAUUAAUAAUGGGAAACACUUUAUGGGAAUGCCUAUAAAUAAAGGUUCAGAUGUAGGAGAUGUGGUAGAUGAUAUUAAA